AGUUAAAAUGCGGGCGUCCUAGCCAUGGCCGCCGCCGUCGCUGCAGCCGGUGCUGGGGAGCCUCUGUCCCCAGAAGAAUUGCUCCCAAAAGCCGAGGCGGAGAAGGCCGAGGAGGAGCUGGAAGAGGACGAUGACAAGCUAGAUGAGACCCUGUCGGAGAGACUCUGGGGUCUGACGGAGAUGUUUCCGGAGAGGGUCUGGUCUGCCGCCGCAGCCACCUUUGAUCUCUCGCUCUUCGUGGCUCAGAUGUACAGGUUUUCCAGGGCAGCUUUGUGGAUUGGAACCACUCCCUUUAUGAUCCUCGUUCUUCCUGUUGUCUUUGAGACAGAGAAGUUGCAAAUGGAGCAACAGCAGCAACUGCAGCAGCGGCAGAUACUUUUGGGGCUUAACACAGGGCUGUCAGGAAUGCCAGGGGCAUUCCUGGAAAGAUCUAGAUUGUUAAUCUUCAGUAUUUGUCCUGGUGGGAGAACUUUGAAAUUCAGUUGUGUUUGA